AUGGCGUACUUCAAGCUUCCGCUCUUUCUUUCCCUUUCUUUUACCAACGUGCAUAGUGUCGAGUAAAAGAUGCCAGCCCCGGCCGCUAAGAAACCAGCAGCUAAAAAGCUGCCCGCUGUGCCGGAAUCCAAGCUUAAGUUCAGCAAGAAACAAAUCAGCAAGCGUGUUUCUGAGACGAAACGUCGCCUGAAGCGUGCCGCUGUCAUUGCCCUGCGCAAGAAGGAGAAUCUGGUGCGUGCCCAGAAGUACCAGAACGAGUACAUCAAGGCCGAUCAGCGUGAGAUCAAGCUGCGCCGCUUGGCCAAGAAGCGCAACCAAUUUUACGUGCCCGCAGAGGCCAAAUUGGCAUUUGUAGUGCGUAUCCGUGGUAUCAACAAGGUUGCACCAAAGGUGCGUAAAGUGCUGCAGCUGUUCCGCUUGCGCCAGAUCAACAAUGGCGUGUUCAUUAAACUGAACAAGGCCACCAUCAAUAUGCUGCGUAUUGCUGAGCCUUACAUUACCUGGGGCUAUCCCAAUCUGAAGUCGGUGCGCGAGCUGAUCUACAAGCGCGGCUUUGUCAAGCACAAUCGCCAGCGUGUGCCCAUCACCGAUAACUUUGUUAUUGAGCGCAAGCUGCGUAAGGCCCAUGACAUUCAGUGCGUUGAGGAUCUGGUGCAUGAGAUCUUCACUGUGGGACCCAAUUUCAAGUAUGCCUCCAACUUCCUGUGGCCAUUCAAACUGAACACGCCCACCGGCGGCUGGCGCAAGAAGGCCAAUCACUACGUUAACGGUGGUGACUUCGGCAACCGCGAGGACAAGAUCAACAGAUUGCUGCGCAAGAUGGUCUAAGGCAGAGUUUUGCAGUGUAAUAGUUUAAAACAAAAACGGUCUGGCAACAGCGAAAGAAAUAAAAUUAACUCUUUUUAUGAAAGUACCAAAAUGCCGUUCACAAAA